AUGGCCGCGCCGCCGCAGAAGCGGCCCCGUGCGGCCGCGGGGCGCCGUCGCCGCAGCGACCUCCCCGAGCGGCCCCGCUGCAACCCAGAGCAGCCGGGGCCUGUCGGGUCGGCCGGGGCCCGCUUGUGGCGGGCGGCGGAGGGGCAGGACCCGGACGUGCUGUGGCCCGGGGCCCGGGGCCUUGAGCUCCUGAGCGGCCUCGCAGCGGCGGUCCCGAGCCGGGGCCCCGCCGGGGCUUUCGCAGGGGAGCACCAGGCUCGGCGGGCCCACAAUGCGCAAGCUCCCCGUACUGCAGCGCAGCCUGGCGAUUCGCCGCCGUGCGCGGCUCCGGCGGUAGCCGCCGACGCGGCGGUCUGGAGCUGGAGCGGCCUCGCGGCGGGCCUGAACCAAGAUUUGCGGGAGCGGGCGAGGCCCACCAGCCGCGGGCGGCUGGGGUUGCAGAUGAGGCCCCAGAGCUCUGGGGCCCUCGAGGCGCGCAGGGGCUCCAGCGCUGGGGAGGCCAUCGAGUUCGAGGAGGCGAGGGAAUGGAGGAAGAGCGUGUUGUUGCCCUGCCAGCCCUCGGGGCUGAAGCGAUUCGGCUCGCCGCCCCGCCAGCCGUGGAGGGGCCCAGCUCGAGGCUGCCGAGAGGCGCCCCGCCACCGCCGCACCAGGAUGCGCCUCGUCGACCCGCCAGCGUGGGGGCGCCCAGCGCGAGGUUGCCGGGAGGCGCACCGCCGCGCCGCGAGGCGCUUCGCUGCCCCCCAUCGCGCAGGCGCCCACCGCGAGGCUGCUGGGAGGCGCCCGGCCACCGCCGCGCCGCGAGGUGCCUCGGCGCCCCGCGCGAAGCAGCCAACCGCGGAGCCGUUGCUUUUCGGAUCGGCGCCAGGGCCAGAGGUGCAAGACGCGUCCAGUGCAUGGCAGGCCCAUGUGCUCAGGAAGGGGGCGGCUCUGUUCGACGCCGCGGCGGCCGCGCAGCCGGCGCCGAGGCGGCAAGACUGCGGCGGCCAGGGCCAGGGCCCGGAGAGGCGGAGGGGCAAGCGCUCGAACACCGCCGAGGCGCUGAAGGUCGCGAGGGAGGCGCUGAGUACCCAGCACGCGGCGAUGCUGGGCGGCGAGCCCGAGACGCCGCCCGCGGGGGCCGCCGUGGCCAGGGAGGACCUCGGCGACCGGCGCGGUGCGGUCGCCUGGGCCCCCCGCGGCGCGGCGGCUACACCGACGGGCGGCGCGGCCGUGCUGGCGCUGCCCGGCGAGGACGCGGCGACGGCGGUGGCCUGGAACGCGUCGCACAUGCCCGCGUUGAGGGAGGUUGAGGUGCCCGAGGAGAAGCUGGAGAUAUGGGAUCGGUUGCGGGGCGACGAGAUUGAGCCCGUGCUGACCAGCGGGGCCGUUUGCCUCCUGAGCGCUCAGGCUCUCAUCCAAAUGGACAAGGCUGGCACCAAGCUGCUGCCCCGGCAGGCGGCGCCUCCCGAGGCCCACGCGUCUACGAGCGAGCUCCAAGCAGGGACGCCUCUCCACAACACGAGUUCUCUGCCGGUGGUGUGCGUUUCCCACUGCUGGCUGAGGCCAGACCACCCGGAUCCUCGGGGCCACAACCUGCGCACCCUAUCGCGCGCCUUGGGGUUGUUGGUCAAGGAACGCGGCGGGGAGUGGGGAGUUUUCCUGGACUUUGCUUGCAUCCACCAGAACUGUCGCGAUGCUCACGGCGUCCCUACGCAGGCUACUUUCAAGUGGCUCGAGACGGAGGGGCGGCUCGCCGACGGGGCCGUGGGUCGUUUCGACGCCGAGGAAACUCUCUUCAAGCAAGCGCUCGGCGGCUUGGGGACGCUCUACACUCACCAGCACACAACGGUCUUCAUGCUCACGGCCCUCCCACCCAGCUACGACUAUCAAGACAAGCACGCCCGCGCUGGUGACGUUGCCCCCUACACCGAACGGGGCUGGUGCUUCUGCGAAGCCUCGUGGGCGUGCAUGGUGAAGAGCUUCGACAAGGUCCUCGACCUGGCGCUGGACGACGGCGCGGCGUCGUACCUCCACCUGGAGAGCGUCUGCAAGCCGAGCUGGAGGCCAGCGCUGCUGCCCUCCCGCUUCGCUGAGCAGCUGGCCGACAAGAGCUUCACCAACGGCCCCACGGACGGCCUCCUCGUGGCGCGGCUCUACCGCGAGGCCUUCGAGUUGCGCUUCCGGCAGAUCGAGGUCCUGAAUUUCUGCGGCGUGAGCGCCGAGGCCGCCGCGGCCGUGCUCGAGGUGGUGGCUUCCAGCGCCACGCCGGCGCUGCGGGAGCUGAACCUUGACGGUAACGACUUGCCGCCCGCCGUGGCCCAGACUCUGGGCGAGGCGUUGCUGCGAGCACCCGCGUUGCACCUGCUGCUCCUCGCGAGCAACAGUGUCGGGGACGUUGGCGCGCGGGCGCUGGCCACAGCCCUCCCGCGCGCGCCCGCGCUGCGGCAGCUGGGCCUCUCCUGCAACGGCGUCGGGUACGCCGGCGCGAAGGCCUUGGCGUUGGCGCUGCCACGCGCGCCGGCGCUGCAGAGGCUGGACCUCGGCCGCAACGGUGUUGGGGACUUCGGCGCGCGGGAGCUGGCCUUGGCGCUGCCGCGGGCGAUGGCGCUGCAGGAGCUGGACCUCUGCAACAACGGUAUCGGGGAACUCGGCGCGCGGGCGCUGGCCCAUGCGCUGCCGCGGGCGCUGGCCCUGCGGGUUCUGCUGCUCGACCACAACGCCGCCGGGGAGAUUGGCGCGCGGGCGCUGGCCCAGGCGCUGCUGGGCGCGCCGGCGCUGCAGCAGCUCAGCCUCCGGGCGAACCUGUUCGGGGCCGAAGCGGAGAGCGCGCUGCGUGCCGACGGCGCCGCGGCGGGCAUCCGCGUGUGCGUCGACUGA